AUUUUGUAGACAGGAAGUGUUUCCUGUUUACGCGGAUGUGUGCUGUCAGCUGACUGGCAACCGUCACAACACCGCUGACAGCUUGCUAGCUUGCAGCUAACGUUAAGUAGCCGAGGCUGGCGGUACGAGCGGUUAUGUAGACCGGAGGGUUGCGCUUCACUACCGACUCAUGGCGGCCGAAAGACAGCCUCGCCCGCAGGCUCGGACGCCAUGUCUGCUGAGCACGAUCGAGUCAUUCCAAGAUGUCGUUAGCUCGGCGGUCAUCAUCCCGAAGGAGGACGGCGUCAUCAGCGUGUCCGAGGACAGGACAAUCCGGGUUUGGCUGAAGAGAGACAGCGGUCAGUACUGGCCGAGUGUCUACCACACGCUCUCCACCUCGUGCUCCUGCAUGUCCUUCAACCCAGAGACCAGGAGGCUCUCCGUGGGGAUGGACACCGGCAGCAUCUGUGAAUUCCUCCUGUCAGAAGACUACAACAAGAUGACCCCAGCCGGCACCUACCAGGCCCAUCAGGGCCGGGUCACAGUGGUCCUGUUCGUGCUGGAGAUGGAGUGGCUCUUAAGCACCGGCCAGGACAAGAACUUCAACUGGCUGUGCUCGGAGAGCGGUCAGCAGCUGGGGACGUACCGCACGGCGGCCUGGGUCUCCGGCCUACAGUUCGACGUGGAGACCAGACACGCCUUUGUAGGAGACCAGUCGGGUCAGGUGACCAUUCUGAAGCUGGAGCAGGACAGCUGCAGCCUGGUGACCACCUUCAAAGGACACACUGGUCAUGUGACGGCUCUGUGCUGGGACCCGGUCCAGAGGGUUCUGUUCUCUGGCAGCUCGGACCACUCCAUCAUCAUGUGGGACAUCGGAGGGCGUAAAGGCACUGCCAUCGAGCUGCAGGGACACAAUGAGAAGGUUCAGGGUCUCUGCUACGCUUCACACACCCGUCAGCUGAUCUCCUGCAGCGCAGACGGAGGCAUCGUCAUCUGGAACAUGGACGUAACGAGGCAAGAGACCCCCGAGUGGUUGGACAGCGACUCGUGUCAGAAGUGUGAGCAGCCCUUCUUCUGGAAUUUCAAACAGAUGUGGGACAGUAAGAAGAUCGGCCUCCGACAGCAUCACUGCAGGAAGUGCGGCCGAGCCGUGUGCGCCAAGUGCUCCUCGCGCCGCUCCACCAUCCCGCUCAUGGGCUUCGAGUUCGAGGUGCGAGUCUGCGACGGCUGCCACGAGUCCAUCAGUGACGAGGACCGAGCGCCCACGGUCACCUUCCACGACAGCAAGCACGGCGUCGUGCACAUGCACUACGAGCCCACCACGGGGUGCCUGCUGACCUCCGGCACCGACAAGGUCCUCAAGCUGUGGGACAUGAGUCCUGUGGUGUCCUGAGCUCGGAGGCGGGAUCGGGAUCAAUCUCAUGAUCAGCUGGUCAUCGGCGAGGACCCUGCAGGCCAUUGGUUGGGCCUCACUUUGACCUUUGACCCGAGGUCAGGGACAGAAGGAUGGGUGUUUGAGUGACAGCUGGCUCUCUUUAGGGGCGGGUUCAGGGACUUGAGUCUUUAUCCUGGAAACAGGAAGUUGCUUCAUCAGGCAGCGACGGUCCACCGGCCUUCUCACCACGUCACACCGGAUCUGGUUCCCCCCCCCCCCCGUUAGAUAAUUCAGGCCCUUUUGGGCGCGUUUGAAGCGAUGGAGCCGAUAGUCUCUCUGCAGCAGCGUGUUAGAUGUUCUUCUCCAUUCGGUUUCACCACAGCACCUAAAAUAAUCCAAAUCAGGCCUGUGAACAUUUAGAAUAUCUGAACUGUUUUUCAUAGAUAUUUAGAUAUUGUUGAGUGACUGAGUGAAACUUUUAAAAGGCCAGUUUGUGUUAUUCUGUGACAUCAGAUGGCAGCAGAAGCAGAACCUGCUGGUGAAGAGUUAAUUCCGUGGCUCGGUGGUCUGUAGUGAAACUGUGGAGGAGAACCUCCCUUAAACAUCCCGUCAGAUCUCCACCUCCGACCGUCCUUUAUUCCGCUCGCUGUCUCCAUCUCUGAAGGUUUGGAAAAUCCUUCUUGUGUCACUUCACGGAGAAACUAAAGUGUGAUGUCGUGAUGCUGCGCUGUAAGACGACCCGGUGGGACUUAUACUUAUUAUACCGAUCAGACGGCACGCUAGUCUCUUAUUUAUUAUCCAGCAUGUGGCCGCACUGACAGACCUGAUCAUUUGGAUCUGUUUGUUUUUUUAUGUAACCGCACUGGAAUCAAGACACUGUGAAGAGAAAAUAAGAUGUUUGUAUCUGUGAUUAUUAUGUUUGUUCUUGAUCAGGUGACUUUGUUGUUGUAACCGCACUGAAUAUUUACUAAAUAGUUACUGAAUAUUUGUUAGUAAAUAAUUACUAAAUAUUGACUUAAUAGUAUAUACCUAUUUACUGAAUAUUAAGUCAAUAUUUACUCAACCGUUACAAAUGAUUUACUGAUUAUAAAUAUUAAGUGAAUGUCUACUAAUUAACUGAAAAUUAAGUUGGUAUUUACUGAAUAUGUGAUAUUAAAAACAAGCGUAUGUUUCAUCCAUAAAGGUCAGACUACAGCAGCUUUUAGUUUUAGGUGUGUUUUUGUAAUAUUUCCAAGAAAAAUCAAAAAAUGCCAAGAAGAACGAGGGAUAAAUAAAAAACACACACAGGUAUUUUAUCAUCGUCUUCACUGGAAUACAAAAAAAUCCAACUCAAAACGAAUAUGCUAGCUUUUCAAAAUAAAAUCCUGUGAUGUAAAUGAGUUUAAAGGAAUUCCUUUGAGGCCAGUUGACCCGUUUGCCACUAAUCAUGUAAAUAAAGUGCAAAUUCCUUGA